AUGAUUGGAGCGCUGUUUCUGUUUUGGGUGUUUUUCACCCAUCUGGCUUCCGCUGUUUUUGACGAUGAGGCGUUUCAAGUGGACUGGCAUAUUGAUAACCUUGGUGAAAUAAGCUGCAUUGAGAAGGUAAACAACACUUUUGUAGUAGUUGGCAAAACCAAUUCCAACUCAUUAAUUAUUUCAUUACUUAAUAGUACAUCAGGGAAGGCUUUAGAGAGAUUCACAUUCGAAGAUUAUUCUGAAGUAGCCAAGUUACAGGAUGAAGAGUUAUUCUUCCCUUUUAGCCAGACAGUAGGCAGCAAAGGUUCUUUGAGGGACGUACUUGGCUCAGAUGCUAGUGGGAUUUCCUGCCAGAAACCUGAUAUUUCUUCGGUUCAGUUUCAAGAAGGGACUUUGAGAAUUGCAGAUGUUAUUUAUGAUCUUCCAGAUAACUUUUACCAAUUAGAGUACCUAAACGUGGACCCAGAAUCUUCCACAGUUGAAAUACUGGUGGCUACAACAGAUAAGCAUUACCAGUUUUCCAAAUUUGAAAACGGUGAGGUGAUUAUACAAUGGGAAAGAGAUGAGAGUCUGUCUGAUGUUGUUGCUUAUGCUGUAUAUAAUGAGGUGAAUCACGGUCUAGACCUUAUCAAAGACGAAAUAGAUCAUGAACAAGAAUUAGACUUACUUGAAGCCUACAAGUUUCGAGUUGCUACUAACUGGGAAAGGUUAAAGGCUUACCUUAUUCUUAAAAGAUUCAAUGUAGGAAGGAUGCUCUCUGAUCUUGUUAAAGAAAAGGAUGCUGCGGCCCAGUUUGAUUUGGAUGUGCAAUUUGGACUCACUAAACAAUUGGUAGUGGCAUCCAGAUCAGGUACAAUUACAUCUCUUGAUAUGCGUUCCGGUGAAAGACUUUGGAGUAUUGAUUCCGGUAUUGAGAACAUUCGUGCUUUACAUUUCGUAAAAGAGAACGAUUUAAUUGUUGUUUCCGACUUAAAAAUAUAUUCUAUUGACUUAACUGAUCACAAAUAUCCAAUCCGUACUGAAAAGGAAGCUCCAACGGGCUAUUACUUCGAAAGCAGCUAUGAAAGUCCAUUGAUUAAACUUGUCAAUGAGUCAGAUCGUAGCUUUACCAUAGUACGUGAACUUUCUCCAUUAGUGUCAGAUUCAAGCCUGGUUCACUUCGAAGAAAAAAAAAUUAGUGCAUUUUUAUUGAAGGAUGGUGACAAAAAACCAACAUGGGAGCGCUCAUUGAAAUCAAAUGAAUAUAUUGCCGGUCAUUCUAUAAGGGAAGAUGGUGCAUCUGCAAGCUUGGGUGUAAUUUUGGGAAACAGAACUGUUCUUUAUAAAUAUUUGAAUCCUAAUGUUGCGGCCUACUUGGUGGCUAAUGAAAUAGACAAGUCCAUUUACCUCGAUGUAAUUGACACUAUUACGGGUCAAUCUCUAUAUUCCACUCGCCAUAAUGAAAAGGUGGAUCUAAAUUCCCCGAUUAAUAUUGUUGUUGGAGAACAUUGGUGCGUAUACAGUUACUUUAGUUUGGAACCCAUCCCUGAACAGAAAAUUGCAGUCGUUGAGUUUUAUGAAUCAAGUACCCCAGAUGUUAGAUUGUCUACUCCAGGUAAAUCUGUUGAUUCUUUGACUGGUUUCUUCAAACCGGCCGCUAUAACCAAAUCAUACUUCUAUCCUCAAGUUAUCAAUUCUCUUGCUCUUUCUAAAACUAAGUUCGGAAUUACGACGAGAUCAUUGUUGCUACAAUUAGAUGACGGGUCCGUAACUUACCUACCAAGAUUUGUCAUUAACGCUAGAAGGAAAAAGGCCGAAGAAAUGCAAGAUAAGGAUUCGGAAGAGUUUAUGGCUAUGCCCUAUGAACCUACAAUUCUAAUAGAUGAUCACUUUAUAGUAAGCCACGUCAGACAGAUAAUUCCUGCUAAAAAUGCAAAACUGCUCUCCGUCGCCACCAAUCUGGAAUCCACGAGCAUGAUAUGUUCAAUUGGCAUCGAUAUUUUCUGUACGAGAAUAUCUCCAUCUUCCCAAUUCGACAAAUUAGCACCAACUUUUGAAAAGAGCAAGGUUCUAAUCACCAUAGCGGUGUUACUUGUUAUGUGCUUUAUUCUCAGACCUAUGGUUGAUCAUCGUAAAGUCAAAACAAAAUGGAUGGUGAAAAACCUUGAUAUUACAACCAUCUAA